GCAGGACAGGGAUGCGGGGCAGGGGGAACCUCGGAGAGCCCUGUAGCCUUGCUGCAGCAAGCCUCCAGCUCGCGGUCUCUCACUCAGGACCAAGAGACGUUGGUGUGCAGGAGAUUCAGUGCAUGUGUUUUUCAUUCCAAACAUUCAUUUGUUUCAAAGACGUUGUCAUCUGUGUAGAAGCCAGUUUAGAGCUCUGGUUUCUACCCCUUGCCCUGCUGGCAGGGCAUUGAGCGGCACCCGUUGCCGGCCACCUGGGUGCGGAGAGCGAGGAGGGUGAAGGGAGGAGCAACCCCGAGCAUCUGCCAUUCAGCUCCAUCUGAUCUAGAUUCCAGGAUGAGGCGAAUCAGGCAGAUGCUCAGGAGGAAGGCCGGGCAGGUGGCUCCACAGCCAGAAGAAGACAUCAGCCCACCUGCCCAGGUGGAGAGCGGCCCCUCUGUCCCCGCAGGCGGGGAAGAGGCUCACGGCCAGGGGAAAGGGAGGAGCUGCUUCGCCUGCUGGAGGAGGCGGAAGACAGCAGCUCCUCUAGCUGACCCGGAGGCACCUUCUGGGCCGAAACGGAGGUGUCCCCGGGUUCAGCCGUGGAGCAGAGAGCCAGGGGAGGGCAGGAGCCGGGGACGGCAGCUCUGGGGCUUCCUUUUCAGGAAGCCAAGGAUCCAGGAGCUGCGCCCCAGGGCCCAGCAGGAGCCGCCAACCAUCGUGGCAGCUGAGGGGCCCUGCGCCAGCCCGACCCUGGCCCCAGAGGAGCCUCCCGCCGGCACCACUCUGGCCCCAGAAAAGCCUCCCGCCGGCAGCACCCUGGCCACGGAAGAGCCUCCCGCCGGCACCACCCUGGCCAUGGAAGAGCCUCCCGCCGGCACCACCCUGGCCACAGAAGAGCCUCCCGCCGGCACCACCCUGGCCCCGGAGAAGCCUCCUGCCGGCACCAUCCUGGUGACUGAGAAGCCUCCUGCCAGCACUACCCUGGCCACGGAGGAGCCUCCUGCCAGCACCACCCUGGCCCCGGAGAAGCCUCCUGCCGGCACCAUCCUGGUGACUGAGAAGCCUCCUGCCAGCACUACCUUGGCCAAGGAGGAGCCUCCCGCCAGCCCCACCCUGGCCACAGAGGAGCCUCCUGCCAGCCCCAGUCUGGCAACUCAGAAGCCUCCCGCCAGCCCCAGCCUAGCACUUGUGGCGCCUCCUCCCAGCCCAGAGCAGGAGUUCAGUGACAGCACCAGCUCUGUAUUCUCCUGCGGGUCCAGCAGCUCCUCCGUGGGGUCUGGGAGCCCUGUGUUUCAAGGCUCCCUCUUUGGAGCCUCGCUCCAGGCCCUCCAGCCACCCGCUCCAGCCCUGCCUCCUCCUCCUCUUGAUCUUCCCCAACACCGGCAAUUUCGACCACCCAGCUUUGACCUCCAGCGCAGAUAUGGACUCUGGCUCCGGAUGUGCCUGCACAUAGUCAACACCUGCCUGCAGUAGACAGGCCUGUAGUGAGGCGGUCUGGCUCCCGGCCGCACCUGAGAGGGAGGAGCCAGAACAGCCGCCACAGU